AAGUUCAAAAAUAAAAGAAUGAUGUAAUUGGUGGGAAGAAUGGGAAGAAGAGGAAGAGGAAGAGGGUAAAGAGUAGAGUUAAGUGGUGCUUUGCUUACGUAUGGAGGGAAAUAUAAUUUAGAUUUUGAAGUUUUAGAGAGAGAGGAUGAACAGUUGAAAUGAGAAAUUUAGAGAGAGACGAUUGGAUUUGAAAUUGUGGAAUGGAACUGUUUUCAAAUGAAAACGAAAUCGAUGAUUUCGAUCAUGGAACGCUAAUCUUGACGACGCUCCUAACAUGAGGCGGAUACGCUAAUCUUGAUUACCUUCAAUCAGAUUCCCGAUGCCGACUGCAAUUCAAGGAAUCCUCUUAGAUGUGGCCACGACACCAUCCGGUUUUGGUGGGACGGUGUUUCUUUUGCAUAAAAAGGAGUUGUUUGCUUAGCUGCCAAGAUCUUUAUUUAUUUUGUCGAGAACUUUUCAUUUCCAGUAAACGAGAUCAUCGUUUCCUAUACGAAUUUCUCCGGAUGUUUUCAUGAUUUGACGAAUACUCCUUUUCCUAUAUUCUUAGGCACGGGCACUGGAUGAUUAGUGGCCUGAAUUGAUGUGAGAUGCAGCGAUCACGUAGAGCUCUUCUGCAGAGAAGAGCUUUAGAGAAAACUACCAAUGGGAGGAAUCGCUUGUAUAUGUUAUUUCUAUCCUUAAUAUUUGUGUUGUGGGGGCUAUUCUUCCUCUUUAGCUUAUGGAUCAGACAGAGCAACAGUCGUAAAGAUGGCUGCACCUAUCUACAAGAUAGCAUAUCAACUUGGAAUGAAUCCAAGUAUGAAAAUUACAAGCAUUCUGAAAUAAUUUCUGAAAGCCAUCAGAAUAAGAAUUGUUCGGUUGUCCUUUUAAAGGAUCAGUUCAUAGACAGUGCAAAAUCCAGAGCCUUUGAUGACGCUAACUUUGUUCGUGAAGAAAAUGAAAAAGAUGACAAUUUUGAUGAGAAAGUAAAUUUGCUUUCAUUUGGAGAGCUGCCUGACGUGAAGAAUGAUAAUGGCUUAGGAGGGAAUUUUCAAACUGAUACUCUAAAUUUUGAUCGCCUAUCUCAUGUUUUACCCCUUGGUCUUGAAGUUUUCAAAAGCAGAGCAUUUAUCUCAGAAACCAAAACCAGAACUGGUCAAGUGGAAAGUACUUUUCAUAGGUUAGAGCCUAGCGGUGCAGAAUACAACUAUGCAGCAGCUUCAAAGGGAUCAAAGGUAUUGGAAUUUAACAAGGAAGCCAAGGGAGCCUCAAAUAUAUUAGAACGGGACACGGACAAGUACCUCAGAAAUCCAUGUUCUGCUGAGGAAAAAUUUGUUACCUUAGAACUCUCUGAAGAAACAUUAGUGCGUACUAUUAAAAUUGCUAAUUUUGAGCACCACUCUUCCAAUUUGAAGGAAUUUGAGCUUCUUGGAAGUUCGAUUUAUCCUACAGAUGUUUGGAUAAAACUUGGAAACUUCACUGCUGCAAAUGCAAAGCAUGCUCAAAGGUUUGCCCUAAAGGAGCCAAAAUGGGUGAGGUACCUGAAACUAAGACUUCUAAGUCAUCAUGGUUCAGAAUUCUACUGCACACUAAGUGUCUUUGAAGCUUAUGGAUUGGAUGCCGUCGAGGAAAUGCUGGAGGAUUUGGUUUCGGUUCACGACAAUACCAUUAUAUCAACAGGACUUCCUGCCGAUAAUGAACCAAAAACAAAGUACAAGAACGAGCAUCAUAACUACGAUGGAGAAGUAUCCUCUUUAAGGAACGACGCUGAUAUCGUAGAGGACUUUGUUAAACAAGAUGUACCGGAUAGGUUUCAAGAACUGCGCCAUCAUCAUCAAGCAGGCAGGAUGCCUGGGGACACUGUUCUGAAGAUACUAAUGCAGAAAGUUCGCUCAUCUGAUUUAAACUUGUCUAUCCUGGAGCGGUAUUUGGAAGAACUACAUUCCAAAUAUGGAAAUAUUUUCAAACAGUUCAAUGACGACAUUCGAGAGAACGACAUACUCGUUGAGAAGAGUCGUGAAGACAUAAGGAAUCUCCUCAGAGUCCAGGAGAGCAUUGGCAAAGAUGUUAAUGAUCUCAUUUCUUGGAGGUCCUUUAUUUCUCUGCAGUUGGAAAAUCUACUCAGAGACAAUGCAAUUCUCAGAUCUGAGAUGAAUAAGGUUAGGGAGAAACAGAAUGCUGAAGAGAACCAAGGGGGUAUGAUGGCUUUUGUAUGUAUUGUUUUUUUAUUAUUUGGAGUGAUAAGAGUGUUCAUAGAUGUGAUGGUUAGUGUUUAUAGAAGAACAAGAAGUGUGGAAAAGAAGAGUAAAUCUGGGAAUUUUGGUAUGAUUUCUUCCUGGAUUUUGUUGCUGCUGAGUUGUAGCAUCUUCAUUCUCAUUCUUUUGUAGUUUGUAGUUUCAUUAGCAAGUAAUUAAUGUAUCCACACUUGCAAAUUUUGUCUACCAAAUGUGCCCAAUAUAGCUCUUUUUUAUCGUUAAAUAACUUAGCAUA